AUCACUUUGACACCACAGCGUCAUUUACAGUCUUAAGACGGCACCACCACUUCCCCCCGUAUGUAACCGCUAUCAACCCACCGUCCUCCUCCGUUGCGUCUACCCGAAGCCUUUUCUCUCUCAUCUCUCAUCCCAUAUCCUCCUAAAGCCUCCACCUUGCAAAACCGUCUCUGCAAAGAACUCCAUUGAUUUCCAUCUUCUUCAAAUCAGAUUCAAUCUUAGAGACCUACUUGAAUGGCGGAAAAUGAUUCAGAAGCAAUCAUUUAUCUUCAUGGAGACCUCGAUCUGACAAUUCUCGAAGCUCGAUGUUUACCAAACAUGGACAUGGUGUCGGAGCGCCUCCGUCGCUGCUUCGCCCCCUUCGAUGACUGUCGGAAACCAUUCUCCAACGACCAACGGCAAAGCCGUCGCCGCUCCCACAAGAUCAUCACCAGUGACCCUUACGUCAAAGUGUGUCUCGCCGGAGCAACGGUGGCUCGGACGCGUGUCAUUGCCAAUUCUCAAAAUCCUGCCUGGAACGAACACUUCAAACUCCCUUUGGCUCAUCCCGCAUCGCAAAUCAUGUUCGAAGUUAAAGACAACGACAUGUUUGGCGCUGAUUCCAUCGGAGUCGCCAAAGUCUCCGCUCAGAAAAUAAAAUCAGGCGAGCUUAUUGACGAUUGGUUUCCGGUAAUCGGACAGUCCAAUAAACCGCCAAAGCCCGACUGCGCGAUCCAUUUACAGAUGAAAUUCACACGAUGCGAAGAAAAUCCGGUGUACCGGCAAGGCAUUGGGGCUGAUGUGGAUCAGUUUGGACUAAAAGAGAGUUAUUUUCCGGUUAGACAUGGAGGCUCAGUUACACUGUAUCAGGAUGCCCAUGUUCCUGAUGGUAUGCUUCCGGAGAUUGAAUUGGAUGAGAAAAGAGUGUUUAGGCAUGAGAAUUGUUGGGAAGAUAUAUGUCAUGCUAUACUAGAGGCUCAUCAUUUGGUGUAUAUAGUUGGGUGGUCUAUCUAUCAUAAAGUGAAGCUGGUUAGAGAACAGAGUAAACCGUUGCCUAGCGGUGGGGAUUUGAAUUUGGGGGAUUUGCUCAAGUAUAAAUCACAGGAAGGGGUGCGAGUCUUGUUGUUGGUUUGGGACGAUAAGACUUCUCACAACAAGUUCUACAUUAAAACGGACGGAGUGAUGCAAACUCAUGAUGAAGAAACUCGGAAGUUCUUCAAGCACUCAUCUGUCACUUGUGUGUUGGCGCCUCGAUAUGCAAGCAGUAAACUUAGCAUUUUCAAGCAACAGGUUGUUGGAACACUAUAUACACACCAUCAGAAGUGUGUGCUUGUGGAUACACAAGCCUAUGGAAAUAACCGAAAGAUAUCUGCUUUUAUUGGUGGUCUAGACCUAUGUGAUGGACGCUACGAUACACCUGAGCAUCGACUAUUUCGUGACUUGAACACUGUCUUUCAGGAUGAUUAUCAUAAUCCAACAUUCUCUGCAGGAACAAAGGGUCCAAGACAACCAUGGCAUGAUCUACAUUGCAAAAUUGAAGGUCCUGCUGCGUAUGAUGUGCUCACAAACUUUGAGCAGAGGUGGAGAAAAGCCACAAAAUGGUCAGAGUUUGGACUACGUUUCAAACGUGUAACACAUUGGCAUGAUGACGCUCUACUUAAGAUAGAGCGCAUUUCAUGGAUACUUAGUCCUUCUCCAUCUAUUCCAACAGAUGAUCCCUUACUGUGGGUUUCCAAGGAAGACAAUCCUGAAAACUGGCAUGUUCAGGUUUUCCGAUCUAUUGAUUCAGGCUCUUUGAAAGGAUUUCCCAAGGAUGUUCAAUCAACUGAGGCUCAGCACCUAGUCUGUGCAAAAAAUCUGGUGAUUGAUAUGAGCAUUCAAAAAGCAUACAUUCAUGCUAUAAGAUCCGCCCAACACUUCAUAUAUAUUGAGAAUCAGUAUUUUCUGGGGUCAUCGUAUGCGUGGCCUUCCUAUAAAAAUGCAGGAGCUGAUAAUCUAAUCCCGAUAGAGCUGGCAUUAAAGAUUGCUAGUAAGAUUAGAGCAAAGGAGAGAUUUGCAGUUUAUGUUGUCAUCCCAAUGUGGCCUGAGGGCGUCCCAACUUCUGCCACUGUGCAGGAAAUUCUUUUCUGGCAGGGACAAACAAUGCAAAUGAUGUAUGAAAUUAUUGCUAAAGAACUGAAAUCCGCGCAUAUUGAGAACUCACAUCCAAGUGACUACCUGAAUUUCUACUGUCUUGGUAAUCGGGAAGAAUGCCAUAAAGAAAAGUCCAAUUCAACCACUCAGCCUUCAACUAAUGGUGAUACGGUUUUAGCUUCACAAAAAUAUGGACGGUUUAUGAUAUAUGUACAUGCCAAGGGAAUCAUUGUGGAUGAUGAGUAUGUGAUAUUGGGGUCUGCCAAUAUUAACCAGAGAUCUAUGGCUGGUUCAAGAGAUACAGAGAUCGCUAUGGGUGCAUAUCAGCCCCAUCACGCAAGGGCUAAGAACGAAAAACAUCCACGUGGCCAAGUAUACGGAUAUAGAAUGUCACUGUGGGCAGAGCACUUAGGAACGCUUGAAGAUUGCUUCAAGCAGCCCGAAAGUUUAGUUUGUGUGGAUGGUGUGAACAAGAUUGCCCAAGAAAAUUGGAAGAGAUUCACAACUGAUGAAUUCACUUCAUUGCAAGGCCAUCUUCUCAAGUACCCGGUCGAAGUAGAUGCCGAUGGGAAGUUAAACCCCUUGCCUGGACAUGAAAAUUUCCCAGACGUUGGUGGCAAGGUGCUUGGUUGUCCGAGCGGUCUCCCAGAUGCUUUGACUACAUAG